AUUACACUUCCGCAACUAACCGACUUCCAAGCAUGCAAUAAUCCAACCCUCCCAUGGGCCCUGUUCCCUUCGCGAGACCAUCCCGACAAGGCCGAUGCAAUCUCUUACGCUCAAAUGGCUCAAGCAACCGAAAUUGUUGCCCACGUCCUUCGUCCUGAGCGAAGAGGCCCAGAGGAUGAAAUAAUUGCAUUUAUAAUAAACACAGACAGUAUCCUAUACGUUUCAGUGGUCCUGGGCGCCAUGAGGGCAGGCCUUGUCCCAUAUCCAAUGUCGCCUCGCAAUUCUCCUGCAGCAGUUUGCGCGAUGAUGAAAGCCACCGGUUGUCGCCGCAUCAUUUACCACUCAUACACUACAGAUCUGGUCACGCAGGUCACAGCAAUGAUGGCUGCACAAGGAGUCGACUUACAGCUCGACGAUCUUCCGUCCUACAGUACGGUAUUCCCUACUCAACCCGCACAUUCCAAUCUCUAUCCAACACGCCAAGUCGGUCCGGACCACAUAGCAAUGUACUUGCAUUCAUCAGGAUCUACGGGAACUCCCAAAUCCAUUCCCUUCACAGAGAAGCGCAUCUGGCAAUGGCAUGGCUCUUACGCCGAUAAUCAUAUCAAUUUUAUUCCGGCAAGUCGGCUUCGGGGUAUCCGCUAUGGAGGUAUGGGGCUGCCGACGUUCCAUACCUUUGGGUUCUUCGUGCACGUGUUCUAUCCCGCCGUGAGCUCAUACCCAAUCGCCGUCUAUGCGCCACAAGACCCUCGUCCUCCGAUAGUCAGCGAUGCACAAAGUGUAUUCGAGGUUGCGAAGCUGACCGGGUGCACUGGAUUAUAUUCCAUCCCGUCUUUUAUCGAGGCCUGGGCACGGUCGCAGGAGAUCAUUGACUAUCUUAAGACACUCAAGAUCUUGGUCUAUGGAGGCGGGCCACUGUCUCAGUCGACUGGAUUAAAGCUAGUUCAGGCUGGCGUCAAGUUAUUAUGCGGCUACGGCGGAACAGAGUUCGGCUCACCCGUGAAGGUGUGGGACGAGUCCCCCAGCGCACAUCCCACGUCCGAAGUCGACCCGGCGUUACGGCAGUACAUCCAGUUCUCCAAGACCACCACUCUUCGAUGGGAACCACAGGACGACGGCACGUACGAGUUUGUUAUCCUUGAAAACAGUGGUUACGAACUGGCUAUACACAACGUUCCCGGAGAGAAGGCGUACGCCACAUCUGAUCUGUUCGAGCCGCAUCCGACACGAGAGGGUCUCUGGCGUCUUGUCGGGCGCAGAGACGAUGUUUUGGUGUUGAGCACAGGAGAAAAGAUUGUCCCUAUCCCACAGGAAAGUCAUAUUUCAUCCAGCGGGAUCGUGAAAGGGUGCAUCAUGUUUGGGCGCGAGAGGGAGCUGCCCGGCAUCAUUGUCGAGCCAAGUACCCCUUUCGAUCUGGAAGACGAGGCGGCACUCAUGAAUUUCAAGAACAGCCUCUGGCCACGGGUGGAAGAGGCGAAUGCGGAUGCCCCUACGUUCGCCAGAAUCUUCCAAGAGAUGGUCAUCAUUACCGAUCCGAAGAAGCCUCUUCCACGAGCGGCGAAGGGUACUGUCAUCCGUAACCAGGCAAUCUCCGUGUAUGACGAGGAAAUUCAGCGUCUAUACGGAGCCAUCGCCACCGGCACUGGAAUGAGGGACAUAACGCGCCCCAUGACAUGGAAAGAAGAAGAUCUGAUGCCCUGGCUACUUGAGCAAGCCACCUUUAUCAACGGAGGCAAAAUAACAGAUAUCGAAACCAGCCUUUUGGAACAGGGCUUCGACAGUCUAAGUGCAACACUCCUACGCAAUCGCAUUGUCGCCAGUAUGCGGACGUCCGACGAUCCACUAGCGACUCAAGCCAGCUCAAGUAUUUCACAGAGCGUGCUCUUCCAGCACCCCACCAUACGGGAGCUUGCCUCUUUCCUCGCAUCUUCUGUUUUCUCCUCGUUGCCGCACAGUCGGGGUCACAUCGCCUCCAGUGCAUCUGUGGACGAAGUUCGUGACCUGAUCUCCUUACAUUGCAGCGAGAUGCCGCAGAGCGUUCCCGCAGUACCCGUGCUCGAAGGCGAGGGUGCAGUCGUCCUGUUGACCGGUGCGACAGGCAACAUAGGCUCCCAUAUUCUCGCUUCGCUGCUCCACGACAGCCGCACCCUCCGAGUCUAUGUAUUGCUCAGAUCUUCGAACAAUGGACUCGAGCGUCUGCGGUCCACAUUGUCUGAGCGGGGGCUCCCGGUCACGCCGCAGGACGAGGCACGUCUCACGGUGCUUGUCGGCGACACCACCAAGGAGAACUGGGGCCUCGACCACUCAACUUAUGAACAGAUCCUGUCUUCCGUCACCCACAUUGUCCACAACGCAUGGACCGUCGACUUCAACCUUCCCCUUCGGUCAUUUCACUCGCAUAUCGCUGGUGUUCGUGCGCUAGUGGAUAUGUGCGCAAGGUCUCGCAGAACGAUCAAGAUCAUCUUCACGUCGUCGAUCAGUGUUGCAAGCAAAUGGGAAGGGUCGAAGGGUGCGGUGCCCGAAAGCGUCAUAGACGACCCGGAAAUUGCAAUCGUUUCAGGAUACAGUGCCUCGAAAUAUGUGGCGGAGCAGGUCCUCUGUGCCGCGGUGGCGAACGGCGUCCAAGCGACGACGGUCAGGAUGGGCCAAGCAUGCGGAUCUACUGCUACUGGAUCAUGGGAUACGACCGAAUGGUUUCCUAUCAUGGUGAAAUCGAGUGUUGCUCUCGAGAGUCUUCCGGAUAUGCCUGGAAAUGUCGAUUGGGUACCGCUUGACGUCAUUGGACAGGUAUACACCGAUUGGGUAUUUUCGAAGGACCCACUCCCCCCUCUGGUGAAUUUUGUUCAUCCGAAGAGAACACCAUGGACAGUCAUCUUGCAAGGUCUUGAGGAAGGGCUCGCCGGACACAUUCCGCUUGUGCCAUUAUCGAAGUGGGUAGAGCAAGUAGAGGCGCUCUCAACGAGCGCGACUGCCCAGGACAUGGAUCGUAUCCCUGCAAUCAAGCUCGUCACAUUCUUCCGAGAUAUGGCGUCUCAGCGCGACGACGGAUCUGGAGAAGGCAUGCUGUACGCGACCUCACUGCUAGGGAGCUCGAGCUCGACAAUCCGCGCGCUCGCUCCACUGACUCAAGCACACGCUGCGAUGUGGAUGAAACACUGGAAGUCAAAUGGAUUCAUCCCGUCCUGAACGGCAUUGUGUGCAUCUGUAGCCAUAUGGUGUAAAUGCGCAGUGUGACAAAUAAUCAGGUCCUCUUACUGUAUUGAGC